AUGCGUUUUGCUUUUCCUACAGCAAGCAUUCUCUUAUGCUUAACAGCUAUCAGCGCACAACAACAGCAGCAAAAUUCUAGUAACAAUGUUACCAUUUUGCAAGCAUUGAACGACACAAAUUCGAGUCCUGCUCUCAAAUUCGUAGAGUUCUUGCAAUCAUCUCCAGAUUAUCAAUCCAUCUUGGAAAUCCUGAAUGAUACCUCAAGCAAUGUCACUUUGUUUGUACCAUCAGAUCAAGUCUAUUACAAAGCAACAGGCCAGCAGCCCCCAGCGCCAGCUCCUCCUGCUCCGGCUGGUAACACCACUACUGGCACCAAUAGUACAACUGGCACAAAUGCUACUACUCCCUCUAGUACUGCUAUUGCUGGAGGUGGUUCAGCUACUUCUUCUUCUGCCGCUGCUGCUCCUACUGCUUCUGCCUCCACCUCUUCCUCUGCUGGUGGAUUACCUGCUUUCUUGUCAUCUAUCUUGUAUGGAAGAUCUUCUUCCACUGCUCAACCUGUUCAGCCUACAUUAGCUCCUGCAACUACGGGUAUCCCUCAGAACAGCCCAGUCGCUUCUGGCCGCUUUAGCAACAACAUGGCUCGCUAUGUCAAGAUCCCCCAUGCCGAGGUAGUUCAACCUUAUGAGCGUUUUGGCGCCGCUAGUGAUGCUUCGGAUGACGCUAAAGAUACGCCUUCUUUGGUGAUGAGAGCACUUGUGGUCGAAAGACAACAGCAGCAACAGCAAAACAAUGCAAGUGAUUGGAAAUCUGUCACUACGGAUGCUCCAUUUGUUGAUCAAUUUAGCUUUGCUGACCUUCUCACCUAUCAUCUGGUGAAUGGAUCCAUUCAAUUGAAUAAUACUCAAAAUGCUACUAUCAUUAUGAAUACUCUUUUGACAAACGAAACUGUCGAUAAGCUUGGAUAUGGUUUACCUUUGCUUCUUCAACAACAACAGCAGCAGCAAGGUCAGCAACAACAAGGCGGCCAAGAUCAAGGUCAAGGCCAAGGUCAAGGUCAACAAAACCAAACUCAAGGUCAAGGCCAAGAUCAAGGUCAAGGUCAAGGUCAAGGUCAAGGUCAAGGUCAAGGUCAAGGUCAAGGUCAAGGUCAACAAAACCAAACUCAAGGUCAAGGCCAAGAUCAAGGUCAAGGUCAAGGCCAAGAUCAAGGUCAAGGUCAAGGCCAAGGUCAAGGUCAACAAAACCAAACUCAAGGAUUAUGGCAGCAAUUGCAACAACAACAAGGCAAUGGUACUUCCAACUCGUCCAACAGUGCUGGUGGUAACUGGACUGUAGGCAGCGGCUUGGGAGACGAUGCCAACAUCAUGAUAAAUGAGACCAUCCAAGCUUCAAAUGGUAUGGUGUACAUCAUUGACAAGAUUUUGGUGCCUCCUGUGAGUCCUACGGAAACAUUGCACACAAUUCAAAAUGCUUCCUUCUUCGAAUGGCUAUUGACAAAGUCGACAGAAAACAGUACCUUGGAUAGCACGUCUAACAUUACUAUCUUUGUUCCUACCAACGAUGCUCUGCAAAACUUGAAUUUUACCGAGUUGAACAAUGAUACACUGGAGGGUGCUUUAAAGGCUCAUAUUGUGCCUGGUGUCUACUACACUACUAAUUUGACAAAUGAGCCCACAACUGUCCAGUCAGUAGGCGGUACCAACAUCACAUUGACCAACUCUGAUCCUACUAACAACAGCAGUGUCACUGUCAACAAUGCUCAUUUAGUCCAAGGAAACAUUUUGCUCAACAAUGGUGUAAUGCAUUUGAUUGAUAGCAUUUUGAACUUCACCGUUGAACCUCCUAAUGGCAGUGGUAAUGGCAGUGGUAGUGGCAGUGGUAAUGGCACUGAUAAUGGCAACUCAACUGGCGCUGGACCUUUCCCUGCGUCUCAAACAUCUACUAAGUCUAUGGCAGUCUCCAUUGCUAUGCCAACGAUCGGAAGUGCAUUUGGUCUCAUUCUUUGUGCUAUCUAUGCUUGCUUCUUUUCCUGGUAA